AAACAAAAAAACUAACCUAGAUUCUAAGAUAUUCGUUGAUAGAAAAGGAUUGAAUGAAAUAUUAGGAAUUAGAGAAUAAAAAUAUGAAAUAAAAUAUGCCAGUGGAAGCUAGAUAUGCAUUACUUUAUAGUGAUUACGAAGUGGUUCCUUGUUUAAGGAUUCCAUUCGAAAAAUUAACUUUCAUUAUCUUAACAUUACCUUUAUUCGCUUUCGUUUUUUGUAUUAUUUAUUCAAUUUUAUUUAAUUUUGAAAGUGUGACUAGUACUCAUUGUCAUGUCUUCAAUAUAUUACCUUCUAUAUCUUCUGCAAUUGGAAACUAUUCACCACAACGAGAAGUUUGGCAAGCUGCAAUUUUAUUGCAGUCUAUCCCUAGAUUUUAUAUAGCAGUAAUAUAUUUACAAUUCCAUUAUGUUAUGGCAUAUCCUAGAGAUAUUUGGAUGGGAAAAAUUGCUCUUUUAUUGAAUUUAACUGAGAACAUUUCAUUGAUAGUACUAUCAUUUUGGACCUCCUCAAAGCAAUAUGCUGUUCAUGAGAAAGCUUUUAUUGCUUUUAUUACAAUGUCAGAGUUUUACAUGAUGUUGUCAUGUAUAAUGCAGAGUAGAUUUAGAAAACAUAAUAAAAAAAGUCUGAGGUGGAAGCUUAGAUUAUUUCUGACAAACAUAUCAUGUAUCAUAUUAGGAACUUAUUUUUACAUGAGACACAAUUCUUUGUGUGAACCAUACAUGUACUCCCUCUUUGCCUUUGCUGAAUAUAUUGUUGUUCUAACAAAUAUGGCAUUUCAUACUACUGCCUACUUCGAUUUUCAGAAGAAAGAUUUUGUAUUAUACAGAUAUGGAGCUGCUAUUACAGAAAGAUAAUAUUUGGUGAUUUAGCUAGUAUUCGAAUAACUCCUUGUGAUUUUGAAAGUAUUUGUUUUAUUCCAUUAUGUAUGUAACUAUAAAGAUAUUUUUUUCAUCUCUUACGUUACCUUGGGUGCUAAAAUUUAGAGGUAUUGAGAUCUGUUAUGUAAAAAAGUCAUUACUAUUGGUACUGAACUAGAUCUUUCUUAAAUUGAAUUGUAUAAUAUAUACAAUUAUGAACAUGUUCAUAAAAAUGCAAUUAAAGUAUUAGGUUUUAUGACAAAAUAAUUCAUAAUGUCACCAAUAUAUGUAUAAAUUGUUAAUAUUAUCAUGGAUAAGAUAAGAUUUGAUGUAUUAGCUGUGUAACAAAUGUUUUAUACCUUUUCUUACCUCUGAAAUGUUCAUUCCCAAUUUCAAUGAAGCCAAUCACCUGAAUAAUGCACUAAACUAGAUCUAAUGAUGUUCAAACUUACCAUUUUUUUAUUUAAAGUAUUUAUUUAUUAAUGUUAAAUCAUUGGUGACAUUUGAAGCAUAAUAUUAAUGAUUGAUUUGAGAGGAAUUUACUCCAUUCCUUGUGAAAAAUUGUGUUGAUUGUUCAAAAGUAUAGACUUAGACGUUAAAGAACAGUAUUUUCAAUUUUAUUGAUUAGAUGUUAUCGGAAUUUAUUCUUUUUACAACUAAUUUUCAAGAUAUUCAUUGUUAUGGAUCUUCCAAUUAGGAAGGAAUAAUUUUUUCUGUUAAUAGAUAUGCUAGCUAAUAUUCAAAAUAUUACAUCUACUUAACAAUUGUUUUUGUUGAAAAUAAUUUUUAUAUAGAAAAUAAAUAUAUAAUUUAUUAUCAACUUUGCUAAUUCGUGAAUAUAAACUGCCCUUCAAAAGUUAGAGAACUUAAGAAAAAAUUGAUAUAUAUUAACACUUUUGAAAUCAUUCUUUUUAGUGGCGUAAGAAAAAACGACAAAAGCUGCCUAUCUGUUGUUAUGUACAUUUCAGAACAUUAUAUAGGUGUGAUGUUCGAAAAAUUCAGAGUUCCUUAACUUUUGAAGAACAGCAUAUAUUUUAUGUAUUUAUUACUAUACAUAGGAUAGUUUAUAAAUGUAAAAAGCAAGUCUAAUAUAACACCAAUUUUAAAAGAAUCAAUUAUUGAAUUCAAUGUAAUUUUUUAUACUUGCUUACUAUAAUAAUAAGGUAUGUAUCUCAGAGGUAUGUAAUUAUUCGUUAAAAACUUUAAUUUCACUAAGAUUAUUCACUUGGUAAAAACAAUGCUGGUGGUUAAUUUUGUUAACUAGGACUCAUCUAAACAACAAAAAGGGAAUAGGUAAUUAAUUGAAACUUUCUUUUUUGAGAUAAUUAUUUAUAUUUUAUUUAUUUCUACACUUAAAUGAAAAUAAACAUGUUUUUAAGUUUA